UAUGAAAAAGGCACUGCACUCAUCUCAGUUAUGUGAGACACCAAUAAACAUGAGUUGUUUCAGCAUGAAGGAACUGCGUGUUCAACUGCUGGAGUUUUUAUUGUGCAUCUGAAACCAAAACCACAUCAAAGCUGACAUCAUUUCAUGAGCUCAUGAAGGUAUGCUCCUGCAGCAGCAGAAAACACAGGACAAUUCUUUGCUGAUUUCGUCUUUUAAGAGACUUUUGUGACGAUCUUCGGUUUCGUGGAAGCCGCAUGCAGCGACAACAGAUGAGAAAUACUUUGUGCUCUCUUCCUUUCUGAUCGACGAGAUCUGUGGUACUGCAUUCAUGUUUGUCUUGAUAUAACUCCUACUUUAUAAACUAUUUGCAAACAUGGAACAAAGUUUUGCUGAUCUACUAGGUGAUGCAUUUUCAGAAACAACUGUUCCAUCAUUCCCCGAUGGAGAUUUGGAUUUUGAGAGUUUAAAUUUUGAUGAAAAGCUCGAGGAGGACAAAGGGGGCAUCUCUCAUGAAAACUUAGCAACAAAGGAAGACGAGGCCCUGCACCAGGAAGCCACUGAUCAAACUGCACUUUUGUCUCACAUGGAAACUAAAGAUUUAUACAUGGCUGAAAGUGUUGAUAAAGAGGAGUCUGAUGAGGAGGAUUUUCAAGGUGCAGGGGUCAUCAUGAGCAUGGAUAAAAUACUGGAGGAGGAGGAUUACACAAGCUCAGAUGGAGAUUCUGAACAGGAAGGUUCUGUCUCUGGAGAAGAUGAAGAGGAUGAGGAAGAGGAUAUGGGAACAGGAGAGAAACCAGGGGAAUUGUUGAUGUCGGUCCGCUGUGGCGACGAGUUUUGCGAUGAUGAUAAAGAGGACAGGAUCUUUGCUGAGGGACAACCUCUGGCCCCAGAGGGUGCCAAAAACCCUCAAGUUAGAAACGAGGAUCAAGGUGGCAGCGAGAGUGAUGAGGAUGUGUCCUAUUUCGAGAGAGUCCCUGAACGUGGCAGUGAGAUGAUGAUAAAAGGUGACCGGUGUGAGGAUGAGCAAGAGAGGGAAGAAGAAAAGCAAGAGGACUCGUCUGGUUCUGAGCAAGAGGGCAUGAAAAUCGAACAAGAAGAAAAUGUUCUCGCUUUGUGCUUUCAGCAGGACGUUGAUAAUCCCUGCACUGAUGGCCCAGCGAGAGCACAUUUGGAGUUUACAGAAAUCUCAGGGCAAAAUCUACAGGAUCUUGUUGCUGAAGUUGAUAGUGAGGAGUAUGUAGAGAAAAUGGAGGAUUUCUCAGGGGAGGAGCACCAAGAGGCAGGUGAGAGCUUUGCAGAUUAUCCUUCAGACUUUUCAUCAUGUGAAUACCUGGAGGAUGGUGGGAAAAACCAAAACAGCAAUCACCAGUCGAUUGCAACGCAGGACGCCUGCCUGGAAGGAGCUGGGACAGAUAUAACAUGGAUGGAGAGAGCUGAGGACGCUGAGGAGGAGGGAGACGAGUAUCUGUACAGCAUAGAUUUAGAGGUGGAUGUUGGUAAGUUCAGGAGCCCUGAUGUGGCGAGUGGGGGAGAGGGCAGAGGGAAAAUAGAGCUUGUCGAGCAUGUGUUGGGCGAUGCAGCUGUGACACAGUGCGACGAUGGAGGCGAGGUGGGUGAGAGUGAUUCCUACAGCUCCAGUGAUAAUGAGGUCCAAGUGAAGAAUAGUGAUGAGGAACUCUUAGAGAAUACGAAUCCACAAGAUCUAGAAAACAACAAGCAACCGGAGGAGCUUCACGGUGGGAGCAGUGCAGUGUUUUCCAGGUGGAGCACGUCUGACGACUGCAACCGAGAUCCAGCAGAUUUCAACAUAGAUUGGAAUCUAGAUGUGUUAACAAAUGACGUCCUUCUGUCUGAAGACCUGUUAACCACAGAGGACACAGACAAAGCGGAAACACCACCUUCACAUGUGACUCUAACAGAAGACAACAGCUACUCGGUGGUACAGAGAGGGGGCGCAAAGACCAAAGGCACUUCUAACCAGGGAUCCCUGGAUGACAGCUUCUUCUUCAACACCGAACUCGAAGCUUCUGGGAUCUCUGAGCUGGGACAGCUGGGAGACGACGAGUACGAAGGGGAGAGAAACUGGGAACAGGAGCAGGAGAGGAUAAAGGCUUUCUAUGAGUUUUAUGAUGACAGCGACGGCGAGAAUGGAAGAGAAGGGAGGCAGAUAAAAGUUCAGUUUUGUACAGAUCCACUAUCUCAGGUCCUUCACUAUGAAACUGAGAGUGACAGAGAGUCAUUCAGCAGCUCCACUGAUGGGGAGGAUGACCUGAGCGCCGGCGAAACCUCUGAGGUUUCCAUGUGGACACGUACUGAACCAAGGGAGCCCAACGACACCACGCAAAUGAAACCUGCUUGUGAUCCCCCAAAUACUCGGCUACCAGAGAAUUUGCCAGAUUUCAGCAACACACAAAUCUGUACCAGGAAGCACAAAUGUCUCAACAUGCUGAAGCUCACAGUUAAGAUGGGUGUGGCGAUCAUGAUGGGACUGCUGAUGUUCUGGCUGGCCACAGACCAAGCGAGCUGGCUCAGCCAAAUGUUGUUCUUUUAAGGCAAAACCUAAUUGUUUGCCCUUAUAACGUGUUCACGUGCUUCCAGAUGAUGAAAGAAAACUGACAGUAUCAUCUUGUAAAACGCAAUGUAAAAUAUUCCAAACUUGUGUUCUGUUAUCUGUAAUAUGCAAUUUUCGGCUUAAUAAAGAUUUAUCUUUGUUUACAA